AUGAUGGAUAUUCCGCUGCUUUACCCGCACGAAGUGUUGCAUUAUGUCCACUCGGUCGUUGGCCUGACUGUCGACAAGAACGUUGUUCGUCGUUAUUGGCAGUUCGCUGCAGCCAAAGGACUUGGUUGGGCUACAAAGCAAACAAAUUGGCAAGCAAUUCCGAUUGGGUUAUACGCUGACGAGACAAAGUAUGGCCUCCAUGAAUCACAAGAGAAGGUGCUCGGCAUAUUUCUGAAUUUGGUUUUGUUCAGACCUCGAAGCAUACGUUUGAGCAGGUUUCUGAUCUGUGCAUUCCGUACGACAAAGUUGAUGCUGCCCGGCAACAGAACACUUCUUCCAAUUUUUGAUCGUAUUGUUUGGUCUCUGGGUUGGGCCAGCAGGGGUGUCUUCCCUGAUCGGGGGAUGCAUGGAGAGCCUUUGGCGCCAGAGCAAGCGCAGAAUGCGGGCAAGCAGUUGGGAGGUGAAUUUUUCGUGACGGAGCUAAGAGGGGAUCUGGCGUGGCACAAACUGAUUUGGGGAUUUCCUGAUGGUUGGAAGUCCACACGAGUUUGUUUCUUUUGCAAUGCUACACAGACCGGUCGCAAUCAGCAGAUGCUUUACACCAGCACGGGAGAACAAGCGCCGUGGAGAGCGACUAUCUACCGAGAUGUUCUGACUUGGAUGAUUGACAAGGUGCCUUUGGACAGCUUGUGUCCGUUGAUACUUCUUCCGAACUUCGACAUUGACGUCAUCCGUAUGUGCUCGAUGCACAACCUCAACCUGGGGUUGGUGUUCAUCGCCAACGGUUCAAGCUUGUGCUUGGGCUUUAACUUCGGCAUUCCUGUAUUCCGGGUCUGA